AUGACCUCACUACUCAUUGCUCUGGUGACAGCACCAGCGCUACUCGCCACGAACGAGGCAAUUCGACAAGGCCAAACUAAAGAUCGCAAAGAAGAACAUCGUGCACGGAGAUGCAAUUUGAUUGCAAGUUGUGUUGAAGCAUCACCGCUUAGCCUUGAGGUUGAUCAUAGGCAGAUUGUUCUCAGAGACUUCAAGCUAUAUAUCAAUGAGGACAUGAAUGAUCCCACACUACAUCCAUUCGCAGGAUAUUGUCUUCCAUAUCCUGAUUCCAACUACGAAGGCGUUGUCUAUACUAUCACAGACGCUGCUCCAAUAAUGAAUUGGAUAUACGUUGACAGAGAAACUUACGAAGUCAAGUAUGGAGUGUGUUUGGAUGCUCAGCCUAACAUUACAGGUCCAUUCGACUGCACCAGACAAGACAGAAGGUUGACCCUCGAGAGAUGGGAGGGAUUUUGUGCUGUCAAAGAAGAAGCAAAUGGUGAAGAAACUGGUAUGUGGGCUCUUUACUAUGAUCGAGACGAUGAUCGCCUGAUUGGGAAGCUAGGGAAGGACAGAAAAGUAGUAGAGAUUGAGCUAAGUAGGCAAGAGGAGCGAGUACGGAGGGGCAAGCCACUAGGAGAAAUGAGAUAA